AUGUCAUGUUCUUUUGUCUUCUUAAGAGUGCAACAUUACAUUACAUUACAUUACAUUGCAUUUAGCAGACGCUUUUAUCCAAAGCGACUUACAGAGGAGGACAUAAGCUGAGAAUAACAGAGAAAGAAGCAGCUCUCCAUGAGUUUGUGGCAACUGUGAAACCUCCACGAUGUCCUUCCUGUGGAUCUGUUUGAGUCUGUUCUAUGCUGCUUCUUUUCUAAAAAGCAGUGCAUCAUCAUCUACAAGUGUCAGUAAACCAGGAGUGUCACUGAAGUGCAAUGAAACAGUGGGAGAAGUUGAAGCAGGGAAAGAUGUGACACUAUACUGUGUUAUAUCUUACUCAGAGUCUGUGAAGAAUGAGAACUGUACGGUUUUGCAUUAUGUCUGGAAUAACACAGCUGGCAUCAUAUCAUGUGACACUGACCAGAAGUACACCUGCGAACGGGACAAUCAGACUUACGUGUCCCUGACCAUCUCAGGUGUCAACAAAAAUGAAAGUUACAUUGUUUCCAUAGAAACAGACUGUGGUCACACUACAUCAUCUGCUAUCAACGUACAAGUUAAACAUGACACUGCUGGUGUCGGGUCAUCAGUGAUAUCUCCUGAGGCCACAGGUACUGUGAUACCUGCUGUACUGGGUAUUUUUGCUACACUUGUUAUUUUUGGCAUUUUGUGUUUCCUGUUUCGAACUAAAAAAGGCAAAAGAAUAAUGAGAGUUAGAGUCAAAGAGUCACAUACACAGUCUUACACACAUACACAUACAGAUACACAUGUGUGUUUGUAAAUGCGUACAUAUUUGUUCUGCAUUGAAGUUAUUCCACAGCUGGCUGUGUAGCUUCCUGCCUCUAAAAAUCAUAUUGUUAUGUUAGUUAGUUGUUUUCUUUGUUUGUUUGUUUUAGAAUCUUUGUACAAAUGGAUCCCUAUGUGAAUAUGAUGAUAGAGCCAGAGCAUCUUGUUUAUUCCACACUUCUUUGUCAAGACCUAGCAACAGUCUAGAAUAGAUUAUGUUGUUGCAUUAUAGGUUUUUAAAUGCUCAGUUUGUAAGAUUUAGAGCCCAUUUUGUAUAGAAUAGACAGAAAUCGAAAAUAAGAUUUGUUUUUGUUUUUUAAACUUAAAAUGAGCCUACAGGUGUCGUGUACCAUGUUGAACCCACAUUUCUACAGUAGACCAGAAAAGACACACUAAGCACUGGCUCUAGAUAGGACUGUUCAUGCAUUUUAUGGCCACCUUAAGAGAGUCAUGCGAGGGGGUUGCAAUCUGUAACUAUACCACUAGAUGCCACUAAAUCCUACACACUGGUCCUUUAAUGUGUCACUCACAAGUGUACAAGUGUAUGGUACUUCAAAUAAAAGCCUUUAAAGUCACUCAUCCUACAAUAAACACUAGUAGGAAUCAGGAGUAAAUUGUAUUAUAUUGUAUUGUCUGUAUUAAGAUGAAUUAAGAAGAACUAUUUUAAAUACUAUAUAUUAUUUAUAUAUUAAAUAUUUUGUUAAUGUCUGUUCGAAAUGCAGAAAUGUUUUGGUGCACUGAUGAUAGAUUGGAAUUGAUUUUAUGUUGUGUGUAUAGGGUGUUAUUUGUUUUGAAUUAGUUUUAUUUCUAUUUGUUUUAUAUUUAAGUUGCUAAUGUUGUUCUCUUUUUUCUAAAUAAUAUCUUGUAAGCCUGUUUAUCCUGAGCAUAUGAUUUAUACAUGCAUAAUAAUACAAAUGAAUGAAAACUAGUCAUAUUAUAUACUGUGAAAAGAGUGAUUCAUAUAGUAUGCUGGACAUACUGAGAGUAGAUUACAGUGCAGGUGAACUCCGUUGAUGUAUAUGAAACCGAUCUUGGUGACGGAAAAUCUGAAGAAAAAAAAUAAACAAAGUUGUGUUAGUAAUAGCUCCCAUGUCUCUUUGAUUGGUGCAGCACACUCAAAAUGCACGCACACAGCUGAUUAUGAUCAAGUGUCACACUUCCUUUUUCACACCACACAGUUGUUUUUAAGCAUCCGUGUGACAGUCAGCCAGUCAAUCAGGCUAACGCGUCUCAGGCUGAAUCUGUGGCAGCCUGCCUGCAGCCCAGCUUGCGGGAUGAAAGCCCACUGGUGGAGCUGUGUGCUGGGAUUACUCUGCAUGCCUGCUGAGGUAAUGCUCAGCAGAUGGACAGCUUCUCAGGAGCCCUCGUCUAUGUCUCUAAUGGGAAUCAACUCAUCUGUUGAGAUCACAUGCUCCACAUCAUUGCCUGACCCGAUGGGGGUCUACCUGCACAGGGGUUUCCAUGGAGACGAGGAUGCUGUGUACCUGGACUUAGAAAAAGGGAAAGUCGAAAAGGCAACUGUAGCUCCAGAAUUUAAAGGCCGAAUUGAUGUAUCUUCAGACCAGCAGAUCAAAGACGGGUUUAGGUUCACAUUUCAGAUGUCUCGGCUGGAGCUGACGGACACAGACUAUUAUUACUGCAGGUGGAUAUUCCUAAAGACAACCAAGCUAGAGGACCUGUCCAGCAGUGGCACCGUUAUCAUUGUCAAAGAGAGAAAUCCAACGGCACGCAAGUGCGUGGACGACAUUUGGGAGCUUACUUUUAUUGCCUUGAGUGUGACAGCAUUCACUGUCGUAUUGUUCCUCAUCAUUGGAGCACUGAUUAUGCAAUGCAAGCGGUUCAGAAAGAGCUUCAAACCUGCCAGAGCUGUAAGCCCGCCCAGACCUAACAGGCCUCCACAUGUCCGCACCCAGCAGAGAGUUCAUCACUGCCCAUACUUAAUCACUUCUACAAAUGAUUUUGACUUCAGGGGCGUUCUGUAAUGCUGAGAAUUGAUGAUAAGAGAUGAACAUUCUCCGGAAAAUUUAGUGGUGACUUACUGUAAAUAUAUCGCAUGGACGAUUUGUAACAGGUGAUUGAGAUUGAGUCAGCAGCUCGCCUUGAGUGCACAAACAAGGAAAAGUGUCUCAUCUUUUGCUCUCCUCUUCAUUUCCUUUUGUAUACAAAUUUGUGUUUUGUUUGCAGAAAAGUGACUGAGCUACCACAUCCUGGCUGAUGUGGAGUGCACAGGUGUGAACACUGUCAGUGAAGAAAAACUGCAGAGAGUGCAUUUUUUAUUAUUCUCCGCACAUCACAUGUAGACUGGACCUGUUAUGUGUGGUUAUUGUUGUACGUGUUUCCUCUCUGUCUCGUGCAAAGAUCUGAAUCUUGAACAAAUGUGAACCACAGGUUUCUGCCUGACAUUUGACAUGUACAUUAAAGCUGAGCUUUUUUCAAA